UUCAAGCAAACCAAGUCGAAUGACAGUAUACAAAGGCUGAGGGAAAUCCUUAACCCCGCCCCUUAUAAAAGGCUGCUCAGGUCACCCCUGUCCUGCCCUGUCUCACUCCUCACUUCUCACACAGGACAGCUUGGUGGUAAGGAGACGGCUGUCUUUUCACCUGGCCAUCUGUAAAUUCUCACUGUACUUCUCUCUAGAUUCUUCACCUGAUGAUGAAUUGUUUCCAGGGCACCAAUGCCUCCGCUCUGGAAAAAGACAUCGGCCCAGAGCAGUUCCCAAUCAAUGAACACUACUUUGGAUUGGUCAAUUUUGGAAACACAUGCUACUGUAACUCCGUGCUCCAGGCAUUGUACUUCUGCCGGCCAUUCCGUGAGAACGUGUUGGCAUACAAGGCCCAGCAAAAGAAGAAGGAAAAUUUGCUGACGUGUCUGGCAGACCUUUUCCACAGCAUUGCCACGCAGAAGAAGAAGGUUGGCGUGAUCCCACCAAAGAAGUUCAUCUCGAGGUUGAGAAAAGAGAAUGAUCUCUUUGAUAACUACAUGCAACAGGAUGCUCAUGAAUUUUUAAAUUAUUUGCUAAACACUAUUGCCGACAUCCUACAGGAAGAGAAGAAACAGGAAAAGCAAAAUGGAAAAUUAAAAAAUGGCAACAUGAAUGAACCUGCAGAAAAUAAUAAACCAGAACUCACCUGGGUCCAUGAGAUUUUUCAGGGAACGCUCACCAAUGAAACUCGAUGCUUGAACUGUGAAACUGUUAGCAGCAAAGAUGAAGAUUUUCUUGAUCUUUCUGUUGAUGUGGAGCAGAAUACGUCUAUUACCCACUGUCUGAGAGACUUCAGCAACACAGAAACUCUGUGUAGUGAACAGAAGUAUUACUGUGAAACAUGCUGCAGCAAACAGGAGGCCCAGAAGAGAAUGAGAGUGAAAAAGUUGCCCAUGAUUUUGGCGCUGCAUCUAAAGCGGUUCAAGUACAUGGAGCAGCUCCACAGGUACACCAAGCUGUCCUACCGCGUGGUCUUCCCGCUGGAACUGCGGCUCUUCAACACCUCCAGUGAUGCCGUGAACUUGGACCGCAUGUACGACCUGGUUGCGGUGGUGGUUCACUGCGGCAGUGGUCCUAAUCGUGGGCAUUAUAUUACUAUUGUGAAAAGCCAUGGCUUCUGGCUUUUGUUUGAUGAUGACAUUGUAGAGAAAAUUGAUGCCCAAGCUAUUGAGGAAUUCUAUGGGUUGACAUCAGAUAUAUCAAAAAAUUCAGAAUCUGGAUAUAUUUUAUUCUAUCAGUCAAGAGAAUAACUUAAAGAGCUGUAGGACUAAUUCAAGUGGGGGAAAUGUUCAAGCACUAGUACCCGGUUUCUCUGCAGACUUUCUUCUUCCCCAUUGGUCCACCAGUGGUAUUAAUCCAAGUGUCAACGGUCUGGCUAUUGGACUCUCUCCUCCUUUGUUUUUUUACAUGCAGCACUACGUGUGGUUUUAUUUUCAUCUGAGGUAGAGUUAACUGCAAUCAGAUUGUGGUAAGAUUUACAUGAAUAACAGUUGCUAAUUUCAGGAUGGGGUAAAUGCUAUGUCACUGGCUAUGUCUUGCUGAAUUAGAACGACAUUUCCUGCAAAUGUCUACAGUUUAUUUUGGGUUUUUGCUGAACUUCCUAAAUGGCUUCCAGGGUGUCCUGUCAGUGCAUUGCUUUAACUUGUCCCUGGAGACAUUGCCACCCAUUUUUAGCUUCUCUGCCUCUUUUCUGACAGAAGGACUGAAGAACUGAGUAGGUGUUCACCUUUUAGGGCUGCCGCUAUAGCUUUAAGUUUGUGCAAAUGAAUUGUUUAAAAGUGAGUAACCUCCAUACUGAAACCAUCCUCCAGGUGGAACGGUGAGAAGUUGUUCACCGCAGUUGUGUCUGCCUAGGCUAUGCUCAUCUAGCCUCCAGGAUUCUGGGAGCUGCGACGGCGUGGAGCCCAGGGCAGCCAAAGCCAAGAGGAGGGAGCUUCUGUGGACAGCGAAAAGUCACUGUUUUAAUCUUUCUACCAGAACCAAGUUUGAGGAAAAUAAAUGUGCUGUUUCUAGUGGCACUUUUCUUCUGUAAGGUCCUGUGAGUUGUAGCUGUCUCUUCUCUGGCACUGCUAAGCUUUCCAAGGUAUCUUCCCAGUCACCCUGGUGUCCCUCAGGCUGUGGUCGUAGGGUUGAGACACCCCGCGGCUGCACAGCUCCGCUGAGCCGGUCAGUACCAACAUCAUCGGGAAGAGGGGAGGCUCUGUACCUCCACCACCAUCUGCCGCCUUGUACAACUUCCCUCAUUGAACGUUCCAGCCUGUAACUGAGGCCCUGACAAGUCCCAGGGCUAAGAUGGAGCCCUCCCCAGAGGCAGUGCUGGAGCUAGCUGGGUAUGAAGGUGGGUCAAAGGAAGUGUCCGCGGGCAGGUGCAGGAACGAACAAGAUGAUGGCGUUUCUUUGGCUCAGACUCCUAGAAUGCUUGACAAGGUGGAGUUUUUUGGAAGAACCUCAUCUCAUCGUAGUAACUUGUACCAUUUUCACUUUUGUUAUAUAUGUAUUUAUUAGAACAUCUGAUUAUUGGUACCUUUUAUUAAAAGGGUUGGUUUGGUGUUUUACGUUAAGCUGGCUUUGGUUUCCUACAAACACUCCUGAGUCGUAGAUCUUGGUUGCUUCCUUUUGGAAGUCAGUUGAUGUCCAUACCCUGUAACAUACUGUGAACCUAUUGUUACCUUAAUAAAUCAGCAAACGAACAUGCAAAUGUUUGGCAUAAUGUGAACUAAAGUUGAAGUUGGAAAUGUUAGUGGUCAUUUUGCAACAAUUAUGAGCAUAGCACUUUAUCUAGAUGAAAACUGGAUUUCUUAUCUUUGAAAUAUCUUGAACAGUUAAUUGCUCAGAAUUUAAGUAUGCCAACAAUUCAUUUUUUCACACUUAAAGUGAAAUGUUUUACUCUUUACUGGAGAAGAUAAAAAUAGGGUGAUCUUCACAUUAUUGUUUUGUACAAGUGGUGAAAACAUACCUUGCUUUAUUUAGAGGCAAAUUCUUAUUUAUAAAUAUUUUGUCUUUUUUUUCCUCCACUAAGCAUAUUCAGUAUCACUUACCUAGAAGGUGGUAUUUAUUCUGUUUUUAAGGAGAGACACUUGCCAAUUGAAGGUCAUUGAUUUAGGGAACUAUUUGUACUAUAUAUAACCCAUAUAUUUGAUUGAAGGUUACAAAUUUUAAAAGAAUGAUGGUUGAUAUCUUAUAUAUUUGGCACUGAUUCAUAAGAAAAAGUAUUAAAGUUAUCUUUGAAAUUA